AUGCACAUUGCAAUCAGACAACGUCGUGUCAAGAGUGAAUAUAAACCGUGGCUGACAAAUGAAAUUAAGCAAAUGAGCUAUCGUAGGGAUUACCUUAAAAAGCAAUCAAUUAAAUUAAGAUCUGCGUAUUAUGAUAAGGCUUACAAGAGAUGUAAAAACAAGUUAAAUAAUCUCAUAAAAGAAACUAAACAAGAAUACUUUAGAGAUAAACUAAGCAAUGCUAAAAAUAGCAAAGAAAGUUGGCGAACUAUUAAUGUAUUAUUAAACAAAAAGCCUAAAACUUCAGAGGUUAAAGAACUAGAUAUAAAUGGCCAACUUAUUACUGACAAUGAUAAAAUUGCAGAUGCCUUCAAUCAAUAUUUUUCCACAAUUGGCAGUACGUUGUCUGACAAGAUCACAGGUAACUGCACUGAUCCAAUGAACUUUGUGACUCCUCUUGAUGGUAGUAUAUUCAACUUUACAAGCAUUACACUCCAAGAAACAAUAGAUGCACUCAAUGAAAUUAAAACUAAGAAAUCUCCAGGGCUUGAUGCUAUUAGUAUAAGGUUACUAAAAGAUGCAUCUAACAUUGUGGCAGGACCACUAGUGAACAUAUUCAAUGUAUCCCUUCAAAGAGCAAUUUUCCCUAAUGAUUGGAAAUUAGCAAAGGUGACCCCAUAUUUAAAGAAGGAAAUAAGGCAGACUGUGAAAAUUAUAGGCCAAUAUCUGUUAUUUCAGCUGUAGCUAAACUUUUCGAAAAACUGGUAUACCUGCAGCUAAGUUCAUUCUUGAGGUUGAAUGGCACUCUUGUGGAACAGCAGUCUGGCUUCCGUCAUCAACAUUCUACUGAAACUGCACUGCUUAGUUCUACAAAUGAAUGGUUGUUCAAUAUGGACAGAGGUUUACUUAGCGGAGUUUUAUUUCUAGGCCUUAAAAAAGCUUUUGAUACUGUCGACCAUCAUAUUCUUUUAUCAAAGCUUGAAUUAUAUGGUAUUAAAGGAACUAGCCUGAAAUGGUUCGAAUCAUACGUUUCUGGUCGAAGCCAAAUAUGCUCUGUGAAUAGCAAGAUGUCGCUGUUAGACAAAUAAAAUGCGGGAUACCUCAGGGCUCUAACCUUGGGCCUAUUUUAUUCCUAUUGUACAUAAAUGAUCUUCCUAACUGUUUAGAGACAACUAAGGCAAAUCUUUUUGCUGAUGACACAAGCCUUUCUUGUGAAGGGUUUAGUCCAUAUGAAAUUGAGAUCAAACUUAAUAAAGACAUUGAAAAUGUUCAUAGGUGGUUGACAGCUAACAAGCUCUCAUUAAAUAUGAAAAAGAGUGAAUUUAUGAUAAUAGGAUCAAGACGUCGCUUAGCUUCAAUUGAAAAUAGCCCAGUACUAACAUUAGGGGGAAACAACAUUAAGCGAGUUUACCAAAAAAAGUCACUAGGCAUGAUCCUUGACGACCAGCUAAAAUGGAAUAAACAUAAUGAAAUGCAAUGUAAAACAAUUUCAAAUAAUAUCGCCCUGCUGAAAAGAGCAAAAUUGUUUGUCAAUAGAGAUAGUCUGAUAAAAAUCUACAAUGCCUUAGUGUGGCCUCAUUUCAAUUAUUGUUCAACAAUCUGGAAUGAUGGAUGUUGUUCGAUAAUUGAUAAAUUGUUUAUACUGCAGAAGAGAGCAGCGCGUGUGAUAACAGGGGACACAUACGAGGUUCGUUCCAUGCAAACGCUAGAUAGUCUUAAUUGGCUUCCAAUAGAAGAACUUCUAAAACAACGGCAGUUAAUAAUGACAUUUAAAGUAUUAACUGGUCGAUUACCUCGAUACCUUGAAAAAUUGUUUUCAGUAAGUCAAAAUGACAAUUACAAUCUAAGAAGCAAUCAAAUUAAAUUGAACCUACCCAAACCUAAGACAAAUUUUCUCAAACGAAGUUUCUCGUAUAGAGCUGCUAAGUCCUGGAACGAACUUCCAAGUGAAACUAUUGAAAAUUAUAACAAUCUUUCAAUUUUGUCGUUUAAACGGCAAUUACUUAAUUCAUCCGUAUCAAUUCAUUGUAAAUAGUUAUAUUCUUUUUGUCCUUUUUAUAUUAUUGUUGUAAACACACGGCCCUUUGAAAACCAGCGCUGUAAAUAUUAUCUGCUGAACAGGCUACCGUGUUUAAAUAAUUUUAUUAAAGAUUAAAGAUUAAAGAUAUAUCGAGCGUUUUAUAUCUGAUAAAACACGACAACGAGUGUUUUGAAUAGCUUAGAAUACGACUAGAAAAGAAUACUAAUUAUAGGAUGGGAUGAACCAUUAUAUAAUCAUGUUAAUUAGGAUGAACAAUUAUAUAAUGCCACAUGUGUUUUAUCAGAUAUAAAGUCACUCCACGUGACAUAUGAUGGCUGACAUGAUUUGCGGCAAGAUGUAUGUAUUAUUAAUGAGUAUUUAAAUAUAUAUAUAUAUAUAUAUAUAUAUAUAUAUAUAUAUAUAUAUAUAUAUAUAUAUAUAUAUAUAUAUAUAUAUAUAUAUAUAUAUAUAUAUAUAUAUAUAUAUAUAUAUAUAUAUAUAUAUAUAUAUAUAUAUAUAUAUAUAGGAAUAUAUAAGAAUCAUUUAUAACGUUUUCACUUUAAUGUUAGCUCCUCAGGUGCAUAUUUACAAUGAGUGGAAUUUAGUUAGUUUAUCUAUUAUCUACGUUCUAUAAUAUCAUAUUAUAACUAUGCAUAUAUUUACAUUGUGUGAAGUCACGCGUUAAAAACAUUCUAUUUAUCUAAUUUUAAGUAUAAGUUUAAUGACUUUUUAAUUAGCGUUCAGAUCCAGAUUCAUGCAGUAUAUCGAUAAGUUCUUUUUCUUUCAUCUCCCUAAAAGCGGAAAGAUUAGAAAGUGAUAUACAUUAAGCCUACAAACAAACGGACACACACCAAUAUCUUGAUUAUCAUUCAUGUCAUCCUGGACAUACAAAAUCAAACAUUCCCUACACACUGGCAAGACGGAUCUGUGCAAUUGUGACAAAUCAAGAUUUAAAGAAGAAGCGUCUUGAUGAACUAGAAUAUUUCCUACAAAAGCAGAACUAUCCAAAAUUGCUUAUUAAAAACGGAAUACAGAAGGCUUCAUCAAAGAACAUUGAGGAAUUAAGGGCACCAAAACAUACAACUGAUGACAAUGUCUUGCCUUUAGUAAUAACUCAUGAUUCCAACAAUCCACAAGUAGUUAGAAAAAUAAGGGAGAACUUUAAAUUUCUAAAUAAUUCCGAGAAAAUGAAACCAGUAUUAGACAAAACAAAACUAAUUGUAAGCAAACGUCAACCGAAGAACUUAAAGCGGUACUUGACAAAAGCACAAUUCAGUUCAGAGGACAUGCAAAGAACACUCUGUAACAAAAUGCGGGGAAAAGCGAUGUGGAACAUGCGAUGUUUUAAUCGCGGGACCCAAUUUUGAUUAAGACCCAAUAAUGAACCAGACUUAGUUCAUGCCAACGAGUACAUUCAUUAGAAUGGAAUAUAAUUAUAUAAAACGAUUUAGCCCGUUCUUUGCUUGUAGGUCUUGCUUCGCUUUAACUCCUUGAACGCCAGUGGUAGCAUUUAGAACCUCUAUGACAAAAAUGGAAUGUUGUUCUCCAUUUCUUCCCACAACUUUUCAAACGAGAAAUAUAUCAUCAUGCCGUACGGCCCUUGUCGGCCAGCGUGUAAAAUAGAGCCAUUGUUUCUAUGGCAAAGGUUUUUGCAAGACGCCUUCAUAUCAUCCGUGAUUUUUCUCUUCGUCUCUCCAACUAAGUUGGGACAAUGUUUCAUAAUGAUAUCUGCAAAGACAGAGGUGUCUUCUGUUCGUGCAGCUGCAUGCUGCUAAUUUCUCCCUGUGACGUGCAGUAAUCAGGGUCGAAGACGGAAUUACAGUAGAGUUUGCGGUUGAUGAAAAAUCAAGCCUACUUCUUGCACUGCGAGUCGAUGUCGUAGUUGAAUGAACUUGAUCUUGUCCUUGUACUGGGGCCGGGCACGUCCGUCUCUGGUUCUUCUAUACUCUCAGGUCGUGACACUGCUUGCCGUUUUGCUGGUCUUUCGUUCGAAAUGUUGGGCGAUUGCACAGGACAUCUUUUCAAAGUUACUUGCAUGUUCCUUUAAGUCAGUUUGUGCUUGUUGACAUUAGCCUCUGAAUAAAUGGAUAUUUUUAACGAAGGUUAUGCAUUUCUUGCAUACAUUUGUGGGAAUACCGUCCGAUCUUUCUGUAAAAAUUCAACACGAUUCGGAUAUUAUUUUAACCAGAAACUUCUGUACUACUGCUACCGAUAGAACGUUUGUCAUGUGCCGGUUUUCAGUUUCACAUUCACAUAGUCUGAAGUAUCUUUUAUAUUUCUGUUUUAAAUAAACUUUUUUAGGGGCUGUUCAUAUGAGCCCUGCUCUGCCGGGCUGACCCGGCUAGCCGGGCUGGUUUUCAAGUGCCGAGAUCCCGCCUCACAUAUUGUUUGUAUAUUAAUUUAGGAUUGGGUUCAUAUGAGAAGCGGGCCAGCCCGGUUUGCCGGGAUCUCACUUGAGCGGGGCGAGAUCCCGGCUUGGCGGGCUCAUAUGAAUGCACAACCGGCUAGUCCGGCAGCCGGGGUGGAAAUUUGCGUGCUUUAUUCCACUGAUAAACAGUCUAAAAUGUCCAAAACUAUAGGAAUUUAUCGAAAUUAAACCUCCUGAAGCUGUGGCCGUCGACAAAGAUAAAAUUUUGCCAAAUAAACACGAAUUUUAUUUUCCCGCUAAAAUAUUGCGGGAAAUCGUUACUAUGAAUAGAUAUGAUUGCCGGGCUAGCACGCCUCAUGUGAAAGCAAAGCGGGCCAGGUCGGCAAAGCGGGCCAGGUCGGCAAAGCGGGCCAGCUCGGUUAACCGGGCUCAUAUGAACAGGCCCUUAUGUGUAGAUUGUGUAGUGUUGUUCUCCAUCGAACUAUUGUACGCUAGUGGCUAAUUGAAUUUAUAAUCUGCAUAUUUCGCAUGUCGAUUUUAUGUAUUUUAUUUCGCAUAUCGGGAGCAGCUACGAAAAAUGCUACUUUGGCGCUCUCGGGCAGGAUUCAAACCAGCGGCUCUGGAAUUCCGGUCCAGCAGGCUACACCGGAAUAGCAGGCUGCUAAAUUAGCAAAUUGGCAAAAUUCGAAUUCCGACGGAGGGCUAUCAUUGCAUGCAUCUUUUGUAUGAUCCCGCUUAAUAUAUCUAAAAUACGAGCGAGUGAGAUAAAUUCCUUUUUUGACAGGUUGCUACCAGAAUCUCCUCGAUGGCUGUUAUUGAAGGGUAAAGAAGAAGAAGCUGAAGCAGUUCUUGUCAAAAUUGCCAGAAUGAACAAACGACCAUUGCCAGACGAUUUUGCACUGCAAAAACCUGUGGUAUCUGAAAGAGAACAAGCUUUAAACAACUUUUUAAUGACUGGAAAACUGCUAAGAAAGUCUUGA